AUGCCAUAUAAAAUAUUUCAGAAGCCUGGUACAGAUAGUUUUGGACCUGCUUUAUCCACCCCAAAGGAAAGAGAAUGGGAAGAGUGGGGAAACAAGUGCUUGAAAUUCGGAGGAGAGGAUGAACACCUGGAGAAUGUCAUUGCCCACAGCCAAUGGAAGAGACACCUGGAGGUAAUGAAGGCGAAUGUCCUGGAACAGGUACACAAUCAGCUGAGUGAUCUCUUGGACAAGACCUUGGAAGAAGCAGCUCAUUCCAUACCCUGGCAUUUGAGGGUGGCCCCAGCAAAGAAGCAAAGCAGAGAGAAAGGUCAGCUACUGAAGAAGAAAGUCUUUGUCCCUCAACAGUCAUUGUAUGACACGUUCAUGGAGGUGGAACAUUUCUGCACAAUCCAUCACAUAUUUGUGGCCAUGCUCUGUAUCUUUGUCCUCAAACAAAUCAUUGGGGAUUCCAUCGACGAAGGACGUCUUGUUUUGGAUUUCGAUCUCAUUAUCAAUGGCUUUCAACAACUCCCCACAGCACUCUUUGCCUGGCUCUGCAUGUUCCUCUACACCUUAUUUGUGCCCUACCAGGCCCUGCAAAUAUGGUCAGGCUGCUUGAAGAUCACCAGGUUCCCCAACCUCUUGACAGUCACCUUGGUGGUGCUGGUGCUGCUCUGCCACACUGCAAUGCUGGGCUUCUUCCCCCUCUAUAUCCUUUUCUCCUGUGAUUUGGGAAUUGCCUCCCGUUGUAUUGUCGUCCUUGAGCAGGUCCGGUUCCUGAUGAAAAGCCACUCAUUUCUGCGAGAAUCGAUGCCCCCUCUUCUCCAUGCCAGGGACCAAGUUGGGAAGAUAAGCCCUCCUGAAUUAUCAGCCUACUUGUAUUUUCUCUUCUGCCCUACUUUGAUCUACAGAAAGAGCUAUCCAAGAGAUCCAUACAUUCGCUGGAGUUACGUCAUCCAAAAAUUGGUUGAGUUCCUGGCGAGUAUAUAUUUUGUGAAUUUCCUUAUGAAAUACUCCUUCAUCCCUAUGUCCAAAAAUAUGCACAAGCAGCCCUUCACCAUCAAAAUCCUGCUACUUUUCAUCUUUGAUUCAGUAGUACCUGGUAUAACUCUGGCAGUCAUGAUCAACUAUUUCAUCCUGCACUGCUGGCAAAACAUGUUUGCUGAGAUCCUGCGCUUUGCAGACCGUUCUUUCUACAAGGACUGGUGGAAUUCCAAAUCAUUCUCUGGAUUCUUUCGGACAUGGAAUGUGAUUGUACAUGACUGGCUGUACUACUAUAUUUAUCAAGAUAUUCUGUGGCUGGUUGGAGGGAGAGCCCGAGGUGGAGCUAUGCUGAUUGUCUUCCUUCUCUCAGCGGCUGUCCAUGAAUACCUAAACACCUUGGCCUUUAGCAUCUUCUUUCCUGUCAUCUUUGUGCUAUUUGCCACGAUAGGAGUGUUGCUUAACUUUGUUCUAAAUGAUAAGAGAAAAAACCCUGUCUGGAACAUCAUCAUAUGGAUAUGCCUCAUUUUGGGCACGACGACCAUUUUCUCCUUAUACAGCCAAGAGUGGUUGGCAUGUGCCCACUGUCCACUCAAGGAGAAGACCUUCUGGCAGCUAGUGACUCCAUGUUCCUGGUCUUGCCACCAAUAA